AGUGUUGCCAAAAGUUGAUCACAUUUUGCGAAACUAAAUGUAAACACAAUUUAAAUUAGUUUUGAAUUAAUUGUGGGAAAUGUCUGUAAUGUUGUCAUUGAGGACAUGGAGGCGAUUGAUGCCAUCGAAAGACAUAUAUCUGAGACAAAAGCAUAUGAUUUCCUAUUUGUUGACAAAACUAAACGAUAGGAAACUAAUUGGUGUGAAAGGAGUCGAUUCUUACGAUUACAUCCAGGGUUUGGUGACCAAUGAUGUCAGACAUUUGUGUCCAACCCUUGAGACGAGUGUCACUCACGACUGCAUCCACUCUUUUAUGUUAAACACAUCCGGAAGAGUGAUAACCGAUGUCUUUGUCUAUAAAUGCGAUGAAAUUGAUGUUAAAACAAAACAAUUGUUUAUUGAAAUUGAUUCACAAUUACUGGAAUCGAUCACAAAGUUCUUGAAGUCCUAUAGAAUUCGCCGAAAAGUCGAUAUCGAUGUGAGAAAUGACUUCGAGACCAGUUUUGAGUCUUUGAAUACCAAAGACUUGAUGGCAGUAAGAGAUCCGAGACUUAAAGAACUCGGGUUUCGGUUAUUAGUUAACAAUAAACUCAAUGAUAACGAGAAUGAUGUGAAAGAAAGGAUUAAAAACUUUCUGAACUCAAAGUCCGUUGAAUAUAACGAAACAAAUGGCGAUAAUUACGUGAAAUAUCGGUAUCGUUUGGGUGUCGGCGAAGGCGUCAAAGACUUUCCCAUUGAGUCCUGUUUUCCACUCGAAUGUAACGGAGAUUUUCUUCACGGAAUCAGUUUUCAUAAGGGCUGUUAUGUGGGACAGGAGUUGACGGCACGUAUAUAUCACACGGGAGUCAUUCGUAAGCGACUUAUGCCCAUAGAAAUAAUUGGUGACAAAGAAGUGCCGCAAAGUAUAGCCAUUCAGACCGUCACCGCAGAUGAGUCCAAAAAUGUGGGCAAAUUUCGAUGCAAUAGCGGGACCUAUGGAUUGGCUCUCUUGCGGUUCGAGGAUUGUCUCAAAUCUGAUAAAUUGCUUUUGAGUGAAAGCGGGCUAACCAUCCGAUGCACUAAACCCUUUUGGUGGCCAAAAGAGCACAGAAUCGACCACAAGAAUAUCGUUAAGAACUCAUAACCUGUUGCACGACUGACCUCACAAUCAUAUACUCUUUUAGUAAAACAUUGUCUUAGAAAAUGAUUUAUAAAUUGUUAACUAAUAUUAAAUGAAAAAUUAACUCAAAUUUAAAUUAAAGUUUCGAUAAGUUUGCAGAAAA